AUGGCUUCCUACGGCCAAACUCAAUCGCCGCCACUGCCCACCGCGGUCCAUCUUCACGAACCGGAGUUUCCUUCGCCGCCAGUGGAGCGGAACGGCCGGCAACAUGGCACCGUGCCUGCUGCGACCGACUUCGCACCGUUGUGCCCAGCGCCCGACAAGACGGGUUCGAUACACGCCGCCCACCUGCCCACUCCGCGAUCAGCCACACCGCCGCCUCCGAGGCAUUCUGUAGAAGAAAGCUCCUCGCGACCGUCGAUGCAGAAAUCCGCGACCGAGCGUCCACAGCCUGUGGUGAAGACACACCAAGAGCUGAAGCGGGCAGGAACCGCGCAGGAUAUGACUCUGCAUAUGCAUAGGCCGAAAACGUUGACCUUCGAUCCCUACGAUUCCGACUCAGACUCGUCGAGCGAUUCUGACCAGGAUGACCCAGCCGGGAGGCGGCUCAGCGGAACACGAACGAACCGCCGGAAGACGUCGAGCUCUCGUCCAUUCUCAAAACUCAAGUUCAGCAACGAUCAUUUCCAUACGAAGGGCAAAGUCUCUAGAAAAGACGGACGGUUGAAGUUGUCGAUUGGCGAGACGUUGAACAGCGGAUACUUUGCGAAGACGCUGGGUGCCGGGCUGAAGAAGCAUUUCGCCGGUGCUGAGGAGCUCCAAAAUGGCGCCCAUGCCCCAGUCUCCCACGCCAAGAUUGCGCCCGAUGACGAUCCUAUGGAGGACCCCCAGCGACGAGUCCGCCUCAAUAUUGUAAUCAUUGUUAUUGGUUCUCGUGGAGACAUCCAACCGUUUCUGCGGAUAGGGAAAAUCCUAAAGGAGGACUAUGGCCACCGUGUUCGCAUAGCCACCCACCCUGCUUUCAAGUCCUUUAUCGAGAACGAUACUGGUUUGGAGUUCUUCUCCAUUGGAGGAGAUCCCUCCGAACUGAUGGCCUUCAUGGUGAAGAACCCAGGCUUGAUUCCCAAUUUGGAGACGGUCAGGGAGGGUGAGAUUGGGAGGAGACGAGCCGCCAUGUUUGAGAUGUUCGAAGGCAUGUGGCGAGCCUGCAUCAAUGCGACUGAUGACGAGAACGACCAUGCUAAUCUUAAAAUGAUGGGUGGUGCCCAUCCAUUCAUUUGCGACGCCAUCAUUGCCAACCCACCAAGCUUUGCACCACCUCACAUCGCCGAGCGGCUGGGCGUGCCUCUGCACAUGAUCUUCCCUUACACACCAACUGUCCAGUUCCCACACCCGCUAGCGAACAUCCAAAAUAGCAAUGUCGAUGCUAAGUACACUAACUUUAUGAGCUACCCGCUGGUGGAGAUGAUGACCUGGCAAGGUCUUGGUGAUCUGAUCAAUCGUUUUAGGAGCAGAACGCUGCAUCUGGACGAGGUGAGCACGCUCUGGGCUCCAGGACAGUUGUUUCGCAUGAAGGUGCCCUACACAUACAUGUGGUCACCGGGUCUUGUUCCUAAGCCUAAGGAUUGGGGUCCAGAAAUCGAUAUAGCAGGUUUUGUUUUCCUCGACCUAGCAUCCUCGUUCAAACCGCCGGAAGAUCUCCAGAGGUUCCUCGAUGCGGGCGAGCCACCGGUUUACAUUGGCUUCGGAUCUAUCGUUGUCGACGACCCUGAUGAAUUCACCAAGCUCAUCUUCAAAGCCGUCGAGAUAGCUGGUGUCCGCGCCCUUGUAUCCAAGGGAUGGGGCGGCUUCGGUCACAACUCGUCAGCACCGGACAACAUUUUCAUGCUUGAAAACACCCCACACGAUUGGUUGUUUCCAAAGGUAUCUGCAGUAGUGCAUCACGGCGGUGCCGGCACUACCGCCAUCGGCUUGAAAUGCGCCAAACCGACAAUGAUCGUGCCAUUCUUCGGCGACCAACCGUUCUGGGGGGCUAUGGUGUCUAAAGCGAAAGCUGGAGCACACGAUUGUAUUCCCUACAAACAGCUCACGGCGGAACGUUUGGCUGAGGGCAUAAAGCAAUGUUUGACGGAUGAGGCGAAGCAGAACGUGCAGAAGAUCGCAGACAGUAUCGACAAAGAAGGUGAUGGCGCCCUCAAUGCUGUGCGUUCCUUCCACCGCAGCUUGCCUUUGAGCGAAGGAGGCACCAUGCGCUGCUCGCUUCUUCCAAAUAAUGCUGCUGCGUGGCGACUGAAGAACACCUCUAUUCGUCUGUGCCCAGUAGCUGCGGAGCUGUUGGUUGAGUGGAAGAAGAUCAAGUGGAAUGAGCUCAGGCUGUUGAGGCAGUACGAGUGGAACGACUUUGGGGGUCCAGGCGAGCCGGUCACCGGUAUCUGGGGCGCAAUCGUCGACACGGUGGGAGAGGUCGCUAUGGGAAUGGGCGGUGUGCCAUACAACAUGGCAAAGAGCGUAAAAACGAGGGAGCGGUACUACGAAAAGAAGUAUAAGGUCCACAAGCGCCACAAACAGCGGCAACACCAACAGGCCACCCUCGACCGCGCGAACAAAGAGUACGAUGAAGCAAAGAAUACGAAUGGCGCCCUCCAAACGAGCAGACCCAAGCCCAGUGAAAGGCAAGAAUCGUACCUAUCAAACAUAACGGAGCCAGACGACAUCCUCGCCGUAGAGUUUGCCCGCGAAGCCGAAACCGGCCUCCGCAAAACCGGCGGCGCCAUCCUUCGCUUCCCAAUGCGCAUCCACCUCGCGCUCGCGCAGGGCUUCCACAAUGCACCCCGCCUCUACGGCGACACCACCGUGCGCCGGAUCCCGCGCAUCACAGGCGUACAUUCAGGCAUCCGCGCAGGCCGCGACGAGCUCGUGUACGGGAUUCGCGACGGCGUGAGCGGGCUCUGGAUGCAGCCUAUCCGCGGCGCGAAGGAGGGCGGCGCGAUGGGAUUCGCCCGGGGGCUGGGGAUUGGGUUUGGUGGGUUUAUCCUCAAGGAUGUAUGUGCGCUUGUUGGGCCUGGCGCAUAUCUUCUCAAGGGCUGCGACGAGGAAUAUCUCAAGAAAUACCAGCCCACGCACUUCAUCCGGCGCGCGCGCAUUCUGCAGGGCCGCAAGGAAGUCGCUGGGCUCGCACAUGCAUCCGACCGGGCGUCAAAAGCGGGUGCUACAAAGCAGCGUGCUGAGGAGCGGAGAGCGGAAAAGGCCAAGAGAUGGGACGUUGAGAAGCAGGUGAGCACGCAGUGGAAGAUGUUGCAGCCGCAGAUUCGCGAGGAGAGGAAACACACGCGGAGCGGGAUCCAGGCGGCGCUGCUGGGGCAGCCGAAGAUGAAGGAUGGCACGCCCGUGCCGAGGAAGGAGAGGAAGAGUAUGCAGGCGGAGCGGGAGAAGGCGAGGGAGGAGGGACUCAGCAAGGCACGGACGCAGCCUGUGAAGCCUGCGGAUGGGGACGUAGAGGUGGAGGCUGGGCCUGAUGUUCCGCGAGCUGAGACUGCGCCCGUUGCGCUGGAAAGGUAUAAAGAGAAAGGCGCGAAGAAGAAGAGGUGGCGCUUUGAUUCCCCGCAUGAGCAUGAGAAGCGCGAGGCGAAGGACGCGGCGCUCAACAGCGACACUGUGCCUAAUGGCGGCGCGGGCUUCGUCAACGGGGACGUGGGCAGUGUGAGGGCUUUGUAG